AACAGGGGUAGUUUAGUCUCGAUGGGAAAACCUACCAGUUCAACGUUAGCCAGUUUAGCCGGCCUCUUCAGGGAGCGCGACGACAGGGCAGUGUCACAGGCCCCGGAUGCACAAGCGAGAGCAGAUGAAAGAUUAGGGGAUAUAAACGAUACCGAGAAGGAGUUUGUGUCUUCAAGAGUCAGAAUAAUCGAUCCAAAUUUAGUAUAUGACGCAAUUAAUCUUGGAAGAAGAAUAGACGUAUCGUGGCCGACGGAGUAUAUGAGGAUUAGAGGAGGGAGAACGCAUUGGAAGGAUUGGGUUCCCGAGACUGGUAUGGAAGGACCGGUAGUGCACAAAUGGGUCCCUUGCCACAAAGACCCAAACAAAAGAUCUCACGUAGACCGAACCAUAUUAUUAGUACAGAUCGACGACAAAUUUGUUCCUAUCGCAGAAAGCGGUGUCCAAGAUUUGGGCCCUGAAGUAUAACAUUUACUUCCCCGUGCAAACCUAGUAGAUAAUUGGUUUGAGCACAGA